AUGAAUCCACUAUAUACAAAAUCUAAAUUUAAAACGACCGAAUUUGCUAAUAAUGAAAAUAAGGGGGUGAAAUUCAUAAACAAAUAUAAAACUAAUGUGAAUAAUACUUAUAGCAAAAAUAUUGCGAAUGCACAGAGCACGCAGUUGACACAUAAAAAUGGAAUAAUGAAAAAUUCGAAUAUAAAAAAUAAAGGAAAUAUUAAUAAUUCAUUUAAAUACCCUCUAAAAAGUACUUUAAAAAAUAAUUUUAAAAGUAAUUUAAAAGGGGAUAUGAAAAAUAUAUCAAAUGUUCAAUCGAAUAUUCAAUCGAAUAUUCAAUCAAAUAUUCAAUCAAAUGUUCAACCAAAUAUUCAACCAAAUAUUCAAACAAAUAUUCAUUCAAAUAAAAUAGCCCCAUUUCAUCUGAACAAAUCCAAUUAUAAUGGAUACAAUAAUGAAGAAAAACAAAAUGACUUUAUGAAUACAAGGAAACAUAUUAUAGUUGAUAAUAUGAGAAAUCCACCUGUCAUUUCAUCUUCUAAUAGGUUAAUAUCUGAAAUGAAAAAGGAUCAAUUAAUUACGAGUAAAAAUAAUGAGGACCAAAAUGUGAACGAUGAGAAUCUUACGAACAAGUAUGAAAAUAAUAAUAAUAAUAAUAAUAUCAAUAUUGUUAGUAGUAGUAAUAGUAUCCAUCAUAAUAAUAGUAGUAAUAUUAAAAUGAUCAAUAUUUAUAACAAAUUCCAAGGCAAUAAUAAAAAUAAGUGUCCUAAUAAAUCAUAUAAUAUGUGUAAAACUUUUCGUAGUAACGAAUGUGAUAAAGAUCAUAUAAUGAGCUCAGAAAAUCUUGUCUACACGUAUUCCUCUCCUAUUAAAAGAAAAUAUGAUGUCAUAGAUAAUUCUAGAAAUAUGGAUGACAAGGACAUGAAUGAAAUGGUUGCAGGUAACAAGAAGUUUGUAGGUAAAAAUUAUUACUUGGAUAAAAAUAUGAAUGACGAGGAAUAUAAUAAUUAUGAUAAAUUUGGAGAUAUGAAUAUGUCUUAUAAUAUUAUAAAAGACACAACACAUAGGGAGAAAGAUAAUGACGAUUGUAAUGACAAUUGGAAUGAUUAUAAUAAGAUAAAUAAUAAUAUACAUAACUUGAAGGUUAAUAAUAAUAAAGAUGUAGAUAUAUUAUUUCAUAAUCAGAAUAUUAAUAAAAAAGAAAUAAAUAAUAAUAUUCAACCAUUUAAUAAAAGGGAUGAUGAAGAUAUUAUUUUAAAUAGAUCUUACCCAAGAAUAAGUAUGAGUGUAAAGAAUGACACGUUUAAUUCAAAUUCUCUUGGUAGGAAUUAUACAAAUUUUGAGCGCUUAAAAUAUAAUAAUAACAACAAUAAUAAUAUCAAUAAUAAUAAUAUUAACAAUAAUAAUAAUAUUAACAAUAAUAAUAAUAUGAAUAUUAGUUACAGUAGUGUUCGUUUUAGUCAUGUUAAAGAAGACCCUGCUCUUUCUCUUGCUGUUCCAACUGAUACAUACUAUGAUAUAAAUGAUAUAGUUAAUAAUAAUAUGAGUAUCAAAAAAAAAAUGAUGAUGAGCACCAAUCCUUACCUUGAGAAGGGAGCAGUAUUGAAUGGUAAUAUGAGCACAUAUAAAAAUGAGAAAAUUAUGAAAUCGUAUAAGCCAACCCUCCCCCUAAACAACGAAAUUAAUAAUAAUAUUAACAAUAUUAACAAUAUUAACAAUAUUAAAAAUAUUAACAAUAUUAACAAUAUUAACAAUAUUAAAAAUAUUAACAAUAAUAAUAAUAAUAUUAAUAUUAGUAGUAGUAGUAGUAAUAAAGUUUUAUAUAGUCAUCAUAGCUCUAUGGUAAGAAGUCAUCGUAGCAAUGUGCCACAUUAUAUAAGCGAUACAAACAGUGAUAAAUUUUUGAUGAACAGAAGAGAUAAUAUUAAUAAUAGAGAUGUUUUAAAUAUAUAUAGUGCUGACGGUUUAAAUGAAGAAAAUAAUAAUAAUAAUAAUAAUAAUAAUAGGAGGUCAAGUAUAUUUAAUGUAAAUACAAAUAUGAAUAGGAACAAUUUAAAAAAAAAAGAUAUAUCCAAUGUGUCUAUGUUGUCUAAUAUGUCUAAGAAAAAGUUUAGCUGUUUAAUAAAAAAUGAUGUGGAAAGCGAAAAAGGAAUAGGUCGUGCAAGUGUUGUCUUGAUGGAUUCAGAAAAAAAAGGAGGAUGUGGAAUAAAUAAUAUGAUGAUAAAUUCUAAUGGUAUGAAUUUUAAGAACUCCUCAAAUCAGAUCAAUUUUUAUAGUACAAAUAAUGAGAAUAAUAAUAAUGAUGAUAAUAAUAAUUAUGAUGAUAAUGAUAAUAAUGAUGAUAAUAAUAAUUAUGAUGAUAAUAAUAAUUAUGAUGAUAAUAAUAAUUAUUAUGAUGAUGAUAAUAAUAUGAUAAAGGACAUAAAUUUAAAUAAAAAUAUGUAUAAUAUAGAUAAGAAUUUAUUAUAUAGUGAUAAUUAUUAUGAUGAAUCAUAUAUUAAUAAAUAUGGAGAAUGUGAUUAUCAAAAAAGGCAGAUAAUGGAAGAGAGUGGUACUUAUUUUUUUAAUAACACUUAUAAUAAUGAUAUGAAUAAUAUGACACAUAAAAAUGGACAUUUAAAUAAAUCCGUAUUAAGAAGUAAGAGAUAUAAUUUAGAUAAUUAUAAAAAUAAUGACAAUGAAUAUUUAUAUUUUCAGAAUAUGAUUCAUAAUAUUACAAAAUAUAAUAAUGAAGAAAAUGAUAUAAAUAAUUUAUAUAAAAAUGUUAUGAACCUUAAUAAUUAUUGUUUAAAUUUUACUAGCGAAAAUGAAUGUAUAAAUGAAAUAUUAAACUUAUCGAAUGAGGUGAAUACUAAUAUACAGGAUAUUCAACAAAUUCUUUAUGACAAAAAAAAAGUCGUUCAAGAUAAACGACAUAUGGUUAAUAAAGAAUAUGAACUUACAUGUCAAAAAUUAAAAGAGUGUGAAUCCAUUUUUUGUGAUUCCAAUGAUGAACAUGGAGAAAAAAAAUUGACAGUAUUUUAUGAAAUUGAUGAAAAGAAAAAUUUAUUGAAAAAUACAUAUGAGAUAAAAA